GGUAAAUGCUUUAGGGCAGGAUUUAGAAGGCAGUGUAGAUUAGAGGGAGGGUAUUUUUGGGAAGGCGACGGAAAUUAAGUCCUAAUUGGGGGAUUUAAGUUUUGGAGUCCUAUUUAGGUAUAUUUGAUAAGUUUUAGUCCUAUUUCGGUUUUUUUCCCGCACAAAUUCUGGAAAUCGCAAGAUGGAAGUGAUUCUUCAACAACACAGUCCAUCCUUGAUACCAGAGCUCCCUAUUGCAGUCAAAGAAGGAGAAGUCUCUUAUAUUCCUUCGCAUCUGAACAUGACUGAUCUAAUCCUUGAAGCUCAGCAAAGUAAUCCGGAGAACUCGGCACAGCAUCUGUCCAGCUCAGGACUGGAUGGAUCAGAGGCUAUAGGAACAAUUGUUGCCAACUUCUCAAAUGAUGCCCAAACAGAGGAAAGACGCAACAAUUUAAAGCGCAUCAAAGAACUGUGUGGAAACAUGCAAGGCAUCAGUGAGAUUGCCGGAUCUUCGAAACGCAAGAGGAACUGAAGGUUCUUUUCAUCAAACAAGGGGGAAAUUGUUGAAGAAGCGUGACCUUCGAAGGAACAACAAAGCCAGCAUGAGUGCAGUAGCAACAUUGGUCUUGCGAAGAUAUACCGUGCAGAAAUUCACACAAGUGUAAUUGUUGGUUCAUUAUUCAACAACCAACUACAUAGUGGAUUUUGAGGACGUAGAAGGAUUACCCC